CAUUACACAAUAAAAAAUUGUUAAUCUCCUACUUGCUUUUUCUUCCUCACUCAUCACCCUUUCACCAAUUCACCCUUCACCAUCAACACAAUCAUCUACCAUUUCUGUCAUCUACUGGAUCUUAUCUGCUCCAUAUAAUACACUCUCACUAAACCCAACACCCACUCUCAUUUCCAUCUCUUCCCAUCACUUCUAUCAUUACCAAAGCCAUGUUCUUCAACCAUGUUUUCUUCGCCUUCUUCACUUUCCUUUUUCUUACUAUCAUACCCGUUUUGAUGGCCAUUCCGGGUUUUCCAGACCCGGAUAAGGUUCAAACCCAGACAUUCUUACCCAACCCAUCGCCGCCGACCACGAUCCCGGCCAUCCCGGAGCAGUCCUCCGACGCCGCCUGCCCGCUAGACCUCUCGGAGGAGCUGUUCCACGGGAUCAAGUCUGCAUGCGGGUCGAAUGCUUAUCCGGGUCAGCUCCACCGGACCCGUUGCUGCCCCGUGCUGGCCGCCUGGCUCUACUCUGCCUAUUCCAGAACCGCGCUCCGCCGCGCUGCCACAGCUAGGAUCCCCAAAACGGCGACGUUUGAUAUGCCGGUGCUCCCUGACGACUCGGAGACCUGCGUGGACUCGCUGGAGAAGGCAAUGGGGAGCAGAGGCAUUGAAUUGGUGAAGCCCAAUGAGACGUGUGAUAUGGUGUAUUGCUAUUGCGGCAUUAGGGUUCAUCCUCUCAGCUGCCCACAAAGUUUUACUGUAAAUCCAGACGGGAAAUUGGUGGGCGAUGAGCGUGUGAAGAUGCUGGAGAAGAAUUGCUUGGGUAAUUCCCCAAAUGGGUUUUCUAGUCUUGCAGGCUGUUCUAAGUGCUUGAAAACUCUGCAUUCUCUUGGCGAGGUUAAAGCCAGAAACACGAGCAAAUCGGAGGACAGGACAGCUAAAAUGCUCAGCAAAGAUUGCCAGCUGAUGGGUCUAACAUGGCUUCUCAACAAAAACCGAUCUGCAUAUUUUCAUACAGUGUCUGCGGUCUUGAGAGCCCUAAUGAUGAGCACCGACGAGGGUUCUGGUCCCCGUUCCUGCACCCUCAACAGCGAUGGCAUGCCCCUUGCAGUCGACUCGUCACAAAUCAACAAUCAAUCUUCUUCUGCUAUUCUGCAAAUAUCACGCUACUCCUGCAUUUUCCCUCUGCUUCUGUUUUACAUACCUCUCGUGAUUUCAUUUCCCCAUUUUAGAAAAUCGUAAUCUCUGCUUCUCACCUUCAUAUCAUAGUUCUUGCUUCCUCACGACGUAGGAUGAAUCUGCUUCGGGUUGUAUUUUUUUUGUUCUUUUGAAUUAGUACUAGUGCUAGUGAAAUUGCAACCUUUUGGCUCAUUCAGCAACUGCAGAUUUGCUGUUGUAGUCCUAAACUUGCUGCUGUAAAUUUUAUUGUUUCUGCAAACUUCAUGUCUUGUGCUCAUGGCGAAAACCAUUUCAUUUGGUGCUUAUAAGCACUGUCUAGCUA